AUGAGUAUUGAGAACCUGCAAACAAUACUGAUGUUAUGUGAAGCCACUGAUAAUAUAGAAAUAAUCAAGAGAGUUUUGCGCAGCUUUUGGCAAAAUGUGUUUCUUAUAGCAGUGGUUCCAAGAGAUGUUAGCAGCUGUUUCGAGGCCUCCUAUCUUACCCUUUCCUUUGGCACCAGUGUCUACACUGACAUGUUGAGCACCUUAAAGGUGAAAAGGUCCUUCAGUGCACAGGGGAAACUUGGCCUUGUGGCUCAAAGUAUUUUUGACAAGUGGUCAGAUACGAAGCAGAGGAUGGGCGCAGCUAAAGUGGUGCUGCCCGAACGCAAAGCUCCUGGACACAGAACCCACAAGAUCACCACACUUAUUAAUCAUAAGGACAAUACCAAAAAGUCUGAUAAAACUCUGCAAGCAAUUCAGCGUGUAGGACAAGCUGUGAACUUGGCAGUUGGAAGAUUUGUUAAAGUCGGGGAAGCUAUAGCCAAUGAAAACUGGGAUUUGAAAGAGGAAAUACAUAUUGCCUGUUUUGAAGCUAAACAAGCAGGAGAAACAAUUGCGGCACUUACAGAUGUAACCAGCUUGAAGCAUCCGGAAUCCGAUGGCCAGAUCACAGUUUUUACAGACAAAACAGGAGUCAUAAAGGCUGCAAGAUUACUUCUUUCUUCAGUGACCAAGGUGUUGCUGCUGGCGGAUCGAGUCGUCAUUAAACAGAUCAUCACAUCAAGAAAUAAGGUUCUUGCAACAAUGGAAAGACUAGAGAAAGUGAAUAGCUUUCAGGAGUUUGUCCAGAUAUUCAGUCAAUUCGGAAAUGAAAUGGUGGAGUUUGCACAUCUAACUGGAGAUAGACAAAAUGAUCUGAAAGAUGAAAAGAAAAAGGCAAAAAUGGCAGCAGCGAGGGCGGUUCUUGAAAAGUGUACGAUGAUGCUUCUCACAGCUUCAAAGACGUGUCUCAGGCAUCCCAACUGCGAAUCAGCCCAUAAAAACAAAGAAGGGGUAUUUGACCGAAUGAAGGUGGCGUUGGAUAAGGUCAUUGAAAUCGUGACUGACUGUAAACCAAAUGGAGAGACUGACAUUUCAUCUAUCAGUAUUUUUACUGGAAUUAGAGAAUUCAAGGUGAGCAUUGAAGCUCUUCAGGAGAAUCUCUAUUUUCAGUCCAAAGAGAACCUUUCUGCAACAUUGGAAGUCAUCUUGGAGCGUACGGAGGACUUCACGGACUCUGCCUACACCAGCCAUGAGCACAGGGAGCGCAUCUUGGAACUGUCAACUCAGGCGAGAAUGGAACUGCAGCAGUUCAUUUCUGUGUGGCUUCAAGCUCAAAGUAAGAAAACAAAAAGCAUCGCUGAAGAACUGGAACUCACUAUUUUGAAAAUCAGUCAUAGUCUCAAUGAACUUAAGAAAGAACUUCAUAGUACAGCAACACAGCUGGCAGCAGAUCUGUUGAAAUACCAUGCUGAUCAUGUGGUUCUAAAAGCAUUAAAAGUUACUGGAGUAGAAGGAAAUUUAGAAGCUUUGGCUGAGUAUGCCUGUAAACUCUCGGAACAAAAAGAACAGCUUGUUGAGACCUGCCGAUUGUUGCGACACGUAUCUGGGACAGAACCUCUUGAAAUAACGUGUAUACACGCAGAGGAGACAUUUCAGGUGACUGGCCAACAGAUCAUUUCCGCUGCGGAAACACUGACAUUGCAUCCGUCUAGUAAAAUUGCGAAAGAAAACUUGGAUGUAUUUUGUGAAGCUUGGGAGUCCCAAAUUAGUGACAUGUCAACACUGCUAAGAGAAAUCAAUGAUGUGUUUGAAGGAAGAAGAGGAGAGAAGUAUGGCUACCUUUCACUUCCAAAGUCAAUGAAGAAUAAUGCCAACCUGAAAUCAUUAAAGGCAGACAAGCCUGACUCUGAGGAGCAAGCCAGGAUAGCAAAGCUUGGACUCAAGCUGGGUUUGCUCACCUCCGACGCUGACUGUGAACUCGAGAAGUGGGAAGAUCAGGAGAAUGAGAUUGUUCGAUGUGGACGAAACAUGUCCGGCAUAGCCUAUUCUCUGUACUUGUUUACUAGAGGAGAAGGGCCACUAAAAACGUCCCAGGAUUUAAUUCAUCAACUUGAGGUUUUUGCUGCAGAGGGUUUAAAACUUACUUCAAGUAUACAAGCUUUUUCAAAACAGCUGAAAGAUGAUGACAAGUUUAUGCUUCUCCUGGAAAUAAAUAAGUUAAAUCCUCUCUGCCACCAGCUACAGACAAUAACUAAGACAUCAUCACAGAAUAAAGUGUUUCUAAAGGUUGACAAAUGUAUUACAAAGACAAGGUCCAUGAUGGCCCUCUUGAUCCAACUUCUCUCACUUUGCUAUAAACUACUGAAGAAGAUGGAAAAUAACAGAUGGGUCUCAGUUACAAAUAAAGACAUCGUGGACGGUAAAACUUGAGAAGCUUUUUGGGUCAGAUCUCUGGACCAUCAUGCGGCAAAGCUGACGUUUUAAAAAAGAAAAUGAUCCUUUAUAUUUUUCAGAAAUUCAACUAUUUUAUAAAGAAAACAAUAUUGAAAUCUCACUUUUUUUCUGAUCAUGAAACCACUUGUGAAGUUCUCUGACAACUAAUAAAUGCCAUGGUAGUUUGCUAGAAAUCUAAUUGCAGUGUGAUUUAAAAAUGAAACAUUGCACUAGUAAUGUUCUUUAAAGUCGAACCAAAUAUCUCAAUUGUCUUAAUGACAAUUUAAUCCAAAGAAGCUAUUUUGAAUAUCUGCUCACCUUUGGUAUUUUUUACCUUAACUGUUUUCUUUCCUUAUUUAAGCUUGUCAUAUUGAACACUAAUUUCAGCAGAAAAUACACAGUGGUCUUGGUGUGAUCAAGGGCCUUUUUGACGCCUGUCCUGUAGCGGGUCAUUCGUGCUGGCAGUGUGUCUGUUCUCUAAUGGAGCGUCUCACAUGAGGUUAUCUGCUGGGCUGUGUGUGUCCCUCUCCUCCCCCAAAAGCUGAGUCACGGAACUCAUGCCACAGGACCCUGGAGCAACUCCUGGAGGAGAGGGGAUGGUUAUCUUUCAGUUCUAAGAACUCUAGCACAGCUGACCAGUCUGCCCCAAAUAUUAGUUGGCAUCCUAAGCCUAUUUUAUUUUGGAACUAUCCUCAGUAUUGAUUGAUGGAAGUUUUAAAAAAAAAAAAAAAAGAACCAUGAAGCUGUUUAAAAUCUGAAUAAUCAUGCAUUUUAUAUACGUGGCUUUAGAAUGUUCAUUAUAAAACAAAAUAAACAUCUCUCUCUGGUCUUUUUAA